GGGACUCCUCUAUGCAUAGCGAUGCCAUAAUGAGCGCGACUGCUUUGGACCGACCUCCAGCAAGGCGCGCGGUGGGAAGCUGGUAUAUAAGGUGGCCUGUGCUCCGGCGCAUCUUAGCAUACCAGUAACAGAAUAUGGCACCAUUCUGGGUCCCGGCCGCGGCACCUCCCACCAAUCUCGGCCGCUACCGCCAACUCGCCCCACUCGCCGGCGUACAUGUUUCCCCGCUCCAGCUCGGCGCGAUGAGCAUCGGCGAUAAGUGGGGGCCGCUGGGUUUCGGCGCGAUGGACAAGGCGUCGAGCUUCAAGCUGCUCGAUGCCUUUUACGAGAAAGGGGGCAACUUCAUCGACACGGCAAACACCUACCAGGAUGAGUCCUCUGAGGAGUUCAUCGGCGAGUGGAUGGAGAAGCGCGGAAUCCGUGACCAGAUGGUCAUUGCUACGAAGUACUCGACGAACUGGAAACGCGCUGCUACGGAUAUCGCGCAGAAGGUGCACUACGCCGGUAACAACCUCAAGUCGAUGCAUAUCUCCCUAGAAGCAUCCCUCAAAAAGCUCCGUACGAACUAUAUCGACAUCUUCUACGUUCAUUGGUGGGACUGGGAUACGUCUGUCGAGGAAGUCAUGAACGGCCUUCACAACCUCGUUGUCUCAGGCAAGGUGCUAUACUUGGGUAUCUCGGACACUCCCGCCUGGAUCGUGUCGAAGGCGAACACGUACGCCCGCAUGGCUGGAAAGACGCCGUUCGUCAUCUACCAGGGAGCAUGGAGCAUUCUUCAGCGAGAUUUCGAGCGGGACAUCAUCCCUAUGGCGAGGGCCGAGGGUCUGGCUUUGGCGCCCUGGAAUGUACUCGCAGGUGGACGCAUCCGUACUGACGAGGAAGAGGAACGCCGCCGUCAGACGGGAGAGAACGGUCGCACUGCCAAUAGACCGGACUGGCAACGCACGCCGGACGAGCGUAAGAUGUGCAAGGCGCUGGAGGAGGUCGCCAAGCAGGUCGGCGCCAAGAGCAUCCAAGCCGUGGCGAUUGCCUACGUGAUGCAGAAGACCCCAUACGUCUUCCCGAUCGUCGGCGGACGCAAGGUAGAGCAGCUCGAGGACAACAUCGAGGGUCUGAACAUCGCCCUGUCGGAGGAGCAGAUCAAGUACCUGGAGGGCGUCCUUUCAUUCGACGCUGGCUUCCCUCACAACUUCGUGGGCGAUGGGUCGCAUUACAUCCUUCUCCAGAGCUCUGCUGCCACCCUCGAGAAGUGGCCCCGCCAGCAGGCCAUUCGUCCUUCCACGUAGGCGUGGACCACUCGAGGGAGACAGCAGCUAUAGCUCAGCUUCGGCAAUCAGUUCGUCCAAGAAGCCAAUGUUUUGUACUAGACAGGCCUAGUUACAUGGAUCGAUGAGACGGCCUGAAUAGAUUCGCGAUACCGCCUAGGUAGAGGUUGUGUGGGGGUGACCGGGGCCACCGUGACAGUCACGUGAUGGUUCACCUGUCUUUCCGUAGCAGUCUUACAUUCUGCUCGUGCGGCAUCGACUCUGGUUAUGUUAAACCACUCUACUAUCCUGCACAUUGACUCUCUGGGUUUGUACACGGAGAUUGCAGUCAG